AUGGUGAGUAAACAUAUCUUUCCAGAUGUGUGCACCUUCAGUGUUUUGGUUGAUACAUUUUGUAAAGAGGGGAUGGUCCAGGAAGCAAGGAGCGUGGUCGAAAUGAUGACGCAAAGGAAUAUAGCACCCGAUACAAUUACGUACACUUCACUUAUAGAUGGUUACUGUUUGCGAGGAGAAAUGGACGAGGCUAAAAAGGUUUUUGAAAUAAUGCUUAGCAAAGGCUGCAUGGUUGAUGCUCGUAGCUAUAACGUAUUGAUAAACGGCUAUUGUAAGCGUAAAAGGAUAGAUGAUGCUCAGAUGAUUCUUCUGGAAAUGUCUCAUAAGGGUGUUGUUCCAGAUACGGUUACUUAUAGUACUCUUAUUGAUGGGUUUUGCAAGAUGGGGAGAACACAAGAUGCACAAAACUUGUUCUCUCAAAUGCAAGCUUGUGGCCAACUUCCAGACAUUCAAACUUAUUCUAUUUUAUUGCAUGGCAUGUGUGCAAACCAACAAUUUUCCAAGGCAGCUGAAUUGUUGGAAGAGAUGGAGGGAAAGAAGUUGGAUUUUGGUAUUGUAACUUACAAUAUUCUUAUUGAAGGUUUGUGCAAAGCUGAAAAAGUUGAAUAUGCAUGGGAUCUCUUCCGUCGUUUAUCAUCAAAAGGAAUUCAACCUAAUGUCAGGACAUAUACUAUAAUGAUCAGUGGAUUUUGUAAUGGCGGACUUACAUGUGAAGCAGAAAACUUGCUUAGAGAAAUGGAAGAGAGAGAUUGUUCUCCAAAUGAUUUCACGUACAACACAAUUAUCCGUGGGUUAUUCAAUAACAACGAGACAUCAAAGUCUGUGAGGCUUAUUCAAGAAAUGGUGGAGAGGGGUUUUUCUGCAGAUGCAUCAACUACGGAUUUUGACGAGUUUGGCUGCAUCCUUCCCUUGAAUGCUGCAUUGGAGGGAGUUGUUCCUGUGCUGAGUCCAGUUCAAGGAGCCAUUCAUGCAUCGCCUGAAAUAUUGAAAGAAGAGAAGGCCAUCUCUCAGUAUACAGAAGCCAAUUUACACAUUUUCAAGCAUUCAGGCAAGGAAGAGUAUUGUGAAGCUUCUUUUCAGACGCAUAAUUGUGCAAUCCCCAGUGCUAGAUCAUCGAUCGCUGAAGAUGAUGCGGGCAACGAUUGCUGCUGCUGCUUCUUUGAAGGUUGGUUAUGGCAGCAGAAGCAGCACCACCAGACUGAAACUCAAACUCAGAGGUAUGCUGCCUUGUCUCUUCAAUCUUCUUCUGUUGUUGUUUUCUUCAACAAUUACUUGGCUUUCUUUCACUCUCGAAACACCCAACACCACCAGCUUGUGAAAAUCACCAAUGUUGAGGAUGCUCUCAAUAUGUUCGACGAAAUGCUUCAAAGGCGUCCUCUGCCUUCCGUUGUCCUUUUCACUCAAGUGUUGGCUCAACUUGUCAAGUUGAAGCAUUACUCGACAGUCAUCUCCUUGAAUAACCAAAUGGUUGUGUCAGGAAUUCGUCCUAAUGUUUAUACCUUACACAUUAUCAUGAAUUGCUUUUGCCAUAUGCACCAAAUGGGGUUUAGCUUGUCUAUUUUGGGAAAAUUCUUCAAAUUUGGUUUUGAACCUGAUGUCGCAACCAUCAACACUCUAAUCAACGGCUUUCUUCUUGAGGAUAGAGAGUCUAAGGCAGCAGCACUUUUCAACAAAAUGAUGGAGGGAGGUAAUUGCAAGCCGAAUGCGGUUACUUUCGGUACCCUAGUAAAGGGCCUUUGCGCGAAAGGUAACAACACUGCAGCAAUCCAGUUGCUUAAGAAGAUGGAUGAAAGAGGUUGCAAGCCUGACGUAGUUGUCUAUAGCACGAUCAUCGACAGUCUUUGCAAGGAUACUCAAGUUGUUGAUGCAUGGAAGCUCUUCUCAGAAAUGACGAGCAAGGGUAUUGCCCCAAAUGUCAUUACCUACUCUUUGGUUCAUGGAGUUUGCAAAUUAGGAAAUUGGAAAGAAGCUACAAGAUUGUUGAAUGAAAUGGUGAGUAAACAUAUCUUUCCAGAUGUGUGCACCUUCAGUGUUUUGGUUGAUACAUUUUGUAAAGAGGGGAUGGUCCAGGAAGCAAGGAGCGUGGUCGAAAUGAUGACGCAAAGGAAUAUAGCACCCGAUACAAUUACUUACAAUUCGCUUAUAGAUGGUUACUGUUUGCGAGGAGAAAUGGACGAGGCGAAAAAGGUUUUUGAAAUAAUGCUUAGCAAAGGGUGCAUGGUCGAUGCUCAUACUUAUAGCAUAUUGAUAAAUGGCUAUUGUAAGCAUAAAAGGAUAGAUGAUGCUCGGAUGAUUUUUCUGGAAAUGUCUCAUAAGGGAGUUGUUCCAAAUACGGUUACUUACAACACUCUUAUUGAUGGGUUUUGCAAGAUGGGGAGAACACAAGAUGCGCAAAACUUGUUCUCUCAAAUGCAAGCUUGUGGCCAACUUCCAGGCAUUCAAACGUAUAAUAUUUUAUUGGAUGGCCUUUGUAAAAACCAACAAUUUCCCAAGGCAGUUGAAUUGUUGGAAGAGAUGGAGGGAAAGAAGUUGGAUUUUAACAUUGUAACUUAUAAUAUUCUUAUUGAAGGUUUGUGCAGAGCUGAAAAAGUUGAAUAUGCAUGGGAUCUCUUUUGUAGUUUAUCAUCAAAAGGAAUUCAACCUAAUGUCAGGACAUAUACUAUAAUGAUCAGUGGAUUUUGUAAUGGGGGACUGACAUGUGAAGCAGAAAAGUUGCUUAGAGAAAUGGAAGAGAGAGAUUGUUCUCCAAAUGAUUGCACGUACAACACAAUUAUCCGAGGGUUUAUCAGUAACUACGAGACAUCAAGGGCUAUGAGACUUAUUCAAGAAAUGGUGGUGAGGGGUUUUUCUGCAGAUGCAUCAACUAUGGAGUUGAUCGUUAAUUCACCCGCUAUGUUGGCAUUAAUAGAAAGAUCGUGAUGAAAUUGAUUUACAUCUUUGCAGUUUGGACAACUUUCGGUGCAUCCUUCCCUUGAAUGCUGCAUUGGAGAGAGUUGUUCCACUGCUGAGUCCAGUUCAUGUAGCCAUUUGAUUCACGCAUCACUUAGUGACGAAUGAUAUGUGCUAUUUUAAUUUAAUCUAUCAAGUGAUUGGGCAACUUUUCUGUUACUCUUCUUUUAAGAUGAUGAAAUCUGUUGGAGAAGCAGAGUAUAUGGACCGAUAUGAAAUUUGUAGACAUAUUUAUGGCUUGGUUUAACUUCUCGUUUGUUUUUUAUGUGAUAAUUCUGUCAAGGAUAUGAGUCGGACAGAAGAAGAAAUGGAGGAAAUGAUAGCUAUAGGAGGAGGACUGAACCCAUUUCUUAAAAUUCUGCACUUCCUCUAACACAUCUGAUCAAACAAGGCAUCCGAGUUCCAUCACAAAAGGAACAGUCUGUAUCCGCUCAAACGAUGCCCAAUGUGAUUUAACGAAGAAUAUACGAAUUCCAUCUUUGCUUAAACAUUUUUCUAUCUGCACUAUAAAAUAUUGAAAGAAGAGGGCCAUCUCUCGGUGUACAGAAGCCAACUUAACUUUGGUCAGUUGCUUUUGCUGACAUUUAUACUUGUUUGCAAUCAUCAAGGUCCUACGUGUAUUCUGUUGCCAGGGAGUGUGACAACGGAAAAAUUGACCCUAAGGAUUGUGCUGGAGUUAUACUAUGUACGGCUGAAAGAGCCACGCAGGUUGCUUUGCAGGCUACACAAUGUUUUGGUGGUAAUGGUUAUGUAAAUGAGUACCCAACUGGCCUGUCUCCUUCGCGAUGCCGAACUGUAUGAGAUCGGAGCUGGGAUAGUGAGAUCAGAAUGCACAUGUUCAAUUGCUGAGCUGAAAUGUGUGCAGCUCUCGCCUCUCGGGCACUGCAUUCAAGAUACACCCGGUGUUGCAGUCCGCCAUUUGAGUUUCUUUCACUCGCACAUUCCAGAAUGCAGAAUCAGGAAGAAGGAUCGUAGCAACUGGUGCAUCCAUGAUCAGAAAACGAGAAUCAGAGUGUUCUUCGGGUAAUAAAAACACUGAAAGUUCGGAAAUUUCUUUACUUUUUCACCUUUGCUGUAAAACCGUACUCUAUUUACCCGUGGUGGUAGCGAGGUUCAGCAGUCGUAGGCUCCGGACUCCGUUUCAUCUCUGUAAUUUUCAGUUAGAGACAGCAUAAUCUUUAAUGUUUGAACCAAAGUCAUGAAUAAAUCAUUGAUGUGGAGGGAAGCAUCCUAAAGAAACCCUACUAGAAA